CCUCUCCCUCCCUCCCUCAAUCAUCAUCAUUUCAAAGGUCUAAUCUCCUUAUUUUUAGGUAAGUCUUUUGAUUCAUUGAGCUAGGUUAUUUCCUGGCAUUUCAUUCUUCCAUCCUCAAUUCCCCCGUGUUCGGCCCUCCGCCCCUCCCCUCCCCUUCCCUCGUCCUCCCCUCCUUCCGUUCCCCUCCUCCCGAGUCCCUUUCGAUACCCCUCCAUUUCCAUUCCACCUACCCUAUAAGUAUUUCUGUUUUGGGACAGCUUAACCCCGCCAUCACCAACCACCAUUUGAAAUGCAUCGUGGUGGUUGCCAGUUGCCACCCCAAUCACCCAUGAAUACUGGGGAUUGAUGGAGCCAUGCUCCACUCCCAUGGGCUUAUGUUCAAUCAUGUUGUGAUCAUUAUUACCUAUGAUUGUCAACGCCGCAAUGCUCUGCCGUGCUCCCAUCAACAUGCCUAUCUCCAAGAUCCACGCCCGCUCCGUCUACGACUCUCGCGGUAACCCCACCGUUGAGGUUGACGUCGUUACUGAGACUGGUCUUCACCGCGCCAUUGUCCCCUCCGGUGCCUCUACUGGCCAGCACGAGGCUCACGAGCUCCGUGAUGGUGACAAGACUAAGUGGGGUGGCAAGGGUGUCUUGAAGGCCGUCAACAACGUCAACGAGACCAUUGCCCCCGCUGUCAUCAAGGAGAACCUUGAUGUCAAGGAUCAGUCCAAGGUUGACGAGUUCCUGAACAAGCUCGAUGGUACUGCCAACAAGUCCAACCUCGGUGCCAACGCCAUUCUCGGUGUCAGUCUGGCCAUCGCCAAGGCCGGCGCUGCUGAGAAGGGUAUCCCUCUUUACGCCCACAUCUCCGACUUGGCUGGUACCAAGAAGCCCUACGUUCUCCCCGUUCCCUUCCAGAACGUCCUCAACGGUGGUUCCCACGCCGGUGGCCGCCUUGCUUUCCAGGAGUUCAUGAUCGUUCCUGAGAACGCCUCUUCUUUCUCCGAGGGUCUUCGCCAGGGUGCCGAGGUCUACCAGAAGCUCAAGGCUCUUGCCAAGAAGAAGUAUGGCCAGUCUGCCGGCAACGUCGGCGACGAGGGUGGUGUUGCCCCCGAUAUUCAGACCGCCGAGGAGGCUCUCGACCUGAUCACCGAGGCCAUCGAGCAGGCCGGAUACACUGGCAAGAUCUCCAUCGCGAUGGAUGUUGCUUCCAGCGAAUUCUACAAGGUCGAGGAGAAGAAGUACGACCUCGACUUCAAGAACCCCGAGUCCGACCCCUCCAAGUGGCUCACCUACGAGCAGCUGGCCGACCUGUACAAGUCUCUUGCCAGCAAGUACCCCAUUGUCAGCAUUGAGGACCCCUUCGCUGAGGACGACUGGGAGGCCUGGAGCUACUUCUACAAGACCUCUGACUUCCAGAUUGUCGGUGAUGACUUGACUGUUACCAACCCCCAGCGUAUCAAGAAGGCCAUCGAGCUCAAGUCUUGCAACGCUCUCCUCCUCAAGGUCAACCAGAUCGGUACUCUCACCGAAUCUAUCCAGGCUGCCAAGGACUCCUACGCCGAUGGCUGGGGUGUCAUGGUCUCCCACCGUUCCGGUGAGACCGAGGAUGUGACCAUUGCCGACAUUGCCGUUGGUCUCCGCUCUGGCCAGAUCAAGACCGGUGCUCCUGCCCGCUCUGAGCGUCUUGCCAAGCUCAACCAGAUCCUCCGUAUCGAGGAGGAGCUCGGUGAGAACGCUGUCUAUGCUGGCAGCAAGUUCCGCACCGCUGUUCAGUUGUAAAUGCAGCGACGUUCCUCGCCGCACCUCCGAAUUAACAUCUUAGCAAACUUUUGAUAUGCCUUUUUGAAGGGGCUUCGCCUCACUGCGUACAGAUCUGGUGGGCGGAUUGCUUCAUGGUCAGGGGAGAAAGACCUCGAUCAAUAUUCAUGAUGACGAAUAC